AUGUUGGACUUGUCUACGAAGAAUUUUCGCCGUGUUUAUAUGUUAUCUUGCGUUUUUUUUCAGGAAAAACGUAUUCGGUCAGAGUUUGAACGCCUGCGACAGCGUCUUGAGAAAGAAGCAGCAGACGAGAUCCAUGCUCAGCAGGAGCGGUUAGCUCGACUUGCUAGAGAACAGUCAGAAGGUAAAGCACCGGAGAAAAGUGAAGAAAAACAUGCAACUCUCCGACUCAAAUGGAAACCAUCUGAAGACAUGGAUUAUGACGAGGAGAAGCUGAGGAAGCUCUAUGAAAAUUAUGGCACUAUUUCGAUGAUCACUCCGAUUAGAACAACGAAAAAGGGUGAUCGGAUAUGUAUGAUCGAAUUCGAUAGUAAUCACAGUGAAUGGGGAGCAGAACUGGAACAUGGGAAAGAUGGUCCGGAAAUUUCUGGUAUUUGGCUUAUUCCACCACAAGCAUCCAAUGAUGAUGAGAAGAAGGGUGAUACAGCCGAUGAAAUACGUUCAGAGUUUGCCUCAAUGAGCUACGAAGAACUGCAAGCUCAGCUGUUUGGCGAUAUGCCUGCACCUCCAGAAAAACGUAAAAAGUGGCAUGAAGAAGACGAAGAAGAAAAAGAUGAAUGA